CCAGCCCCGGCCCGCUCGGCGCAGCCCGCGGGCGAAUCAGGCGCGGCCAGGAAGCCGCCGCCCUGCGCUGCCGCCGCCGUCCGCCCGCCGUCGGCUCGCCGGGAUGAGGGGCGCGCGCUGAGCGCCCGCGACCUCAGCAUUGCAGGACGAGUGGCCAGGAGUGGACAUGAAUGUGGAGAGUGAGCUGCUGUGGCCCGGGGUGGCCUUGCUGCUGCUGCUGGGGACGGUGGCAGGCCUGUGCGUGCGCUGCUCCCGCCCAGCCGUGAAGAAGUCUGAGAAGAUCUACGAGCAGAGGAGCCUGGAAGAGAACCAACAGAACUUUGCGGUGGCCCGGACCUAUUCUUUGGUCAGGCAGGCCUGGCCAGGACCCCUGGUGGACAAAGACCCUCAUGUGGCGCCAACAAGGAAGGACAAGCUGCUGCGGUUCUCCCCCAGCCUGGAGGAUUCUGAGUCUUCCAGGUACCAGAACUUCAGGAAAGGAAGCAGACACGGAUCGGACUCAGCCUACAUAGACCCCAUCACCACAGACUACUACAAUUGGGGGCAGUUCCAGAAGCCCAGGGCAGAUGACGAUGACGAUGCCAACUCGUAUGAGAACGUGCUCAUCUGCAAGCAGAAGGACCCCGAGUCAGGCGACGAGGGAUCCGAGGAUUACCAGAACUCGGCAUCCAUCCGGCAGUGGCGGGAGUCCAGGAGGGUCGUGGAGCAAGUCCCGAGGGAAGCGCCUCUGUCCCUGGCAGGAAGCCCGGACGAGGACAACGAGGACCCUGAUUACGUGAAUGAGAGUGUGGCAGCCAGAGAAGCCUAGGGAGGAUCUGGGAGGAAGGACUAUGCCUCACUUGCCAAGUGGAGCAAAUGGGGCUCAGUACGUGAAGGACAUGGGACAGGGGUGAGACGGGGAGACAGAGGAUGGUGCUCAUGACAGUCAUGGCUGAACCGUGUGAAGCAACCCCCCACCCCCACCCCAUGCCAGCGAGCGUGGGACUGAUGCUCAUGCACACUGGCUCGCAGCUCCGCAAACGCAGAGCACUCAGCCACCUGCCCUGGGUCCCACUCGGAGUCAGCCACUGGAGCCCAGGCUGUGCCACUGCGUGGGAGACAGGACUGACCCCAGAGGGCCCUUGAAGGCCACCUGAAGCCCCUAUCAGGGCAGGCAGGUGGCUCCUGGGCUGGGAGAGCCCCCACAGCAGGAGAGGCCGCUGCAGCGUGAGCCCAGGUGCCCAGCCCACUGCUCAUGCACUCCCCCGACAUCUAGCAGGCACCUGCCCAGGGUGUUUACUGGGGACCCAGCAAUAAACAAAAUCCACCCAUGGGUGCCCAGCUGGCUCAAUCGGCAGAGCCUGUGACUCUUGAUCUCAGGGUUGUGAGUUCGAGCCCCACACUGGGUGUACAGAUUACUUUAAAAUCUUAAGAAAAAAAUCCAUUUGGAUCCCCGAACGUUUGGGACUCCACUCUGGUGGGAGAGAUGACACAGAUGGCAUGGCUGUGGGCUGAGACGACCGGAAGGACAGGCGGCAUGUUAGGAGGUAACAAGCCCUGUGGAGACAAACCCUCAGAGAGGAGGCCGGGUUCCUCGAGGAUGGGGUGGCCAGGGCAGCCGUGGUUGCUCCCUUCCCGCCCUGCUGGGCAGCAGAGCACACGCCCAGAGGGUCUGACAAGGGUCUGACAGGGGCAGGGCGCAGCUCUGGGUGGGGGGGCGCAGCCACGUGGCCACACCUGGGUUUUCUGAGACGGGAGAGAGGGCGCAGGAACAGGACCUCUGGCUGCCAAGGAGGGAGAUGAAUUCAGGGGGCAGCAGGGGACACAGAGACCAGUGAGCAUCCAGGUGAAAGGUGACUUCUUGGCCUGGGCUGCAGACAAACAUGAAUUUUAGAUUUUUUUUUCUAAGUUCAUUUAAGUCAUCUCUACACCCAACCUGGGGCUUGAAAUUCAUGACCCCGAGAUCAAGAGUCAUGUACUCCGACUGAGCCAGCCAGGCGCCCCAUUUCCAUGUAUUUAAAUUUUUUUUUUCUUUGAUGGCUUCACUGACCCUUUGGUUGUUUUAGUAUCAUGUUGUUUAGCCUUGCCGUGUUUGUGUUUUUCCGUUUUUCUUGUGAUUUCUAGCUUUGUACCCUUGUGGUCGGAAAAGAUGUAUGGGGUAUGACUUCAGUCUUCUUACGUUUAUUGAGGCCUGUUUGGUGGCCUACCAUGUGGUCUGUUCAGAGGGAUGUUCCGUGUGCACUUGGAAAGAAUGUGUAUUCUGGUGUUCGGGAUGGAAUGUUCUGUGUUUAACCGUCAUGUCCACAACGGGAGUGGGCUUUGAAGGUUGAGCCCGCAGGACUGACUCACUGAUGCACAGCGCGGGGGGG